GUAAACCGUCCAAACCGACAUUUCAGUACUUUCCUAGUACCAAUAGCCGACACAUGAACACAUAGCUCGCCAAUCUCCAAAUCUCAUUUCCGCACAAUCCUAGUAUUUGUUUCACCUAUAUAAACAGAGUGUAGAACAAGGCUAUAAGCACAAAAAUUCACUAAAAGCACGAGCAUUUUAAAAACUUAGCUUAAGUUUCAUAUAUAUACUACUUGUACUUGUUAAUUCUAUAAGAUGGCAGAGCAACAAAGUCAGUCACAGGAGAAUGUUAACAAAGGUGCAGCUCCAGAGAGUAGUGACCGUGGAUGUGGAUUGUUCAAUUUCAUGGGAAAGAAAGAAGAGAAUAAGUCCCAAGAUGACACUGUCAUGAUUGAUGUUGUUGACACUACUACUCCCAAUCCCAAUGUAGAACCACCAAAGGAGAAGAAAGUAGAGGAGGAGAAGCACACUAGUCUUAUGGACAAACUUCACCGCACUCACAGCAAUUCAAGCUCGUCAAGCGAUGAGGAAGUGGACGAGGUAACUGGAGAGAAGAAAAGGAAGAAGGGACUGAAAGAGAAGAUCAAGGAAAAGAUUUCAGGUGAUCAUAAGGAAAAUAGUGAGCAAAAAGUUGAAAUGGAGAACUGCAGUACUGGUCAUGUGGCUGGAAAUGCAAAUUAUGCAGCAGCAACACAGGAAGAUCAAGAAAAGAAAGGAAUAAUGGACAAGAUAAAGGACAAACUUCCAGGUCACCACAACAAGACUGAUCAAGAAUUCCAUCCCACUACUCAUGCUACUGCAGAUGAGCAAGUCCAUGGAGGUGAUCAAACAAAAGAGAAGAAAGGAUUACUUGACAAAAUAAAGGAGAAAUUGCCUGGACAUGGCCACAAGAAUACUGAGGACCAUGAGGAGAAGCACAAGUCCAACUGAAAAUCAUGAGAAUCACCCUAGAGAUCUGUCGGCAUGCUGACCAAACUUGUUUGGUACGGAGGCGUAGUAAUUAUUAUUGUUGUACUUUGUAUGAAUUUGCUUUUAAUUAAUAUUUGUUCAUUUGCUUAGUCUUGUUUGGAGUAGUGAUGUGAUCCUUGUAAUUGGCAUCACGUGCCAUUGCUUUUUUAUAAUUAUUGUAUGUUAUUUGAGUUCCUUUCAUAUUUUCCUU